AUGGCUUCAAAACAAAACGACGCCCGCUCGGCCCUUGGUGAAAAUGAGGUCGACAAUUCCCUGGACGAUAUCUUUGGUUCCUCGCCCCCAGACGCAAUCGAGACCCGGGCACACCAACCUGCUGGAACGCAGCCAUCCGCAGAACUAAACGAUCUCCCCGCGCUCCGCCGACAGCACGUCACGGCAGGCUAUCGUGAUGGCGUCUCGACAUCCAAAACCGAACAUGUGCAAGAAGGAUUUGAUGCGGGAUUUCCCGUUGGCGCACAGCUCGGCAUGCGAGCGGGAACUAUCCUUGGUAUUCUAGAAGGAAUAACCCGCGGACUUGAGGACCGGAGCGUUUCCGGCGUUGUGAAAAAGCCAGCACGCGGUACAGCUUCCGGAUCGGCAUCAGCACUGGCCCACGAUACUCGUCAAGAAGCUACUGAAGACGCGCGUCGAGAGCUACGAGAGCGGAUCGCAAAUCUAUAUCAAGAAGCCACGCAGACGUUGGAUGUGCAAUCUGUAUUUGCCGGUUUUGAAGGUGGAUCCGAACCGACUGGCCCUCCCACGGAAGCGGAUGUCGCAGAAAGAAAGGCUGAAGAGAUGGCUGAGACCCAAUUGGGUCGAAAGGGAGACACUGUCGUAUCUGGCUGGGAAGAACGUGUUGCCGUGCCGCGGUGGGAGGAGAACAUGGAGGCAUUGGAGGAAAAGGAUGCCUCCGGGCCACAGAGCGAUAAGAAGGCAGAAACUGAGCGGAGCUGA